AAGCUGUGGGCAGCCAGCACAGACAGAGGCUCUCUCGUUCUUGGCAGGAUGGCUUCUCAUCUGCUCCUCCUUUGCCUUGCUGGACUGGUACUUGUGUCUGAGGCUGGCCCUGCGGGCACUGGUGAAUCCAAGUGUCCCCUGAUGGUCAAAGUCUUAGACGCUGUCCAAGGAAGUCCUGCUGUCAACGUGGCCGUGAAAGUGUUCAAAAAGGCUGCUGAUGAGAGCUGGGAGCCCUUCGCCUCAGGGAAAACCAGUGAAUUUGGAGAGCUCCAUGGGCUCACAACUGCUGAGAAUUUUGUAGAAGGGGUAUACAAAGUGGAAAUAGACACCAAGUCCUACUGGAAGUCACUUGGCAUUUCCCCGUUCCAUGAAUAUGCAGAGGAAUGGCAGUCACCAUUCUUCAGUCUUCACGUCACUGAAUGCCCGUUACUGCCUUUUCUCCUUUUUUUUUUUUUUUUUUCUAAAACCAAGAAAAUGGACAAGAGGAUCCAGGCUCUCUGUGAUUUCUCUCAGUCAGGCUACAGCCACCCUGAUUUUUAGUGUGAAUUUGUAAAAACGACAUGAAACAAAAAGGAGAGACCUGAUUCUACAGGCAGUAGUUAAAGAAAUCUUGUCCCGAGGGCUGCGCCAGGCCCCUGUGGAGUCUCACCAGCCUAUUUGGACUUUUGCCUUUUGCUCAAGGUGUUUCAGAAAAAGAAGUAAUAAAAUAAAAUGGAUUAAAUUGGCACUGGACCUCCAGUGACCUCUCUCCCCGUGACUCGCAUUUUAGGCUCUGUGAGAAAUGGACGCUGUC